GCUCCAACACGCUUCAGGGACAAACUAACAACACUGCAUUCUGAAAAGAUUCAUAUCCAAAAAAAUGCGUCUCAUACGCGCAUGAACUCCAGAGUUGUUCCAUUUUCCACCCGGUUAAUCCCACUUAAAGCGUAGACAUCCGUGAACCAGGACGGCACGGCGGCGCAGCAUGCAGUGCCAAGCCGAGCUGCGGCUCUCCUCUCCCGGCCAGCUCAAGGCUGUCCGGCGCCGAUACAAGACCUUCAUGAUCGACGAGAUCCUGUCCAAGGAAACCUGUGAUUAUUUUGAGAAACUGUCUCUCUACUCGGUGUGUCCUUCUCUCGUUGUUCGACCAAAGCCUCUUCAUUCAUGUUCGGGUUCCUCGUCCCUCCGUGCCUACCCGCUGCUCUCCGUGAUCACGCGGCAGCCGCCCAACUUGUCCCCCCACCUCCCGCCCGCCGCCUCUCCGGGGGCCGUCCACUCGCACCUGCCCCUGAUCUCCCCGCAGCUUCCCCCGGGCUCGGAGCCCUCGCACAGCCAGACGCCCCUCAGCAUCAGCAGCGAGUCGGACACGGAGCUGUGCACGCCCCGCCUGAAGAAGCCCCGCCGCAGCCGCACCAUCUUCACCGAGCUGCAGCUCAUGGGCCUGGAGAAGAAGUUCCAGAAGCAGAAGUAUCUGUCCACCCCUGACAGGCUGGACCUGGCUCAGUCCCUCGGGCUCACGCAGCUUCAGGUGAAGACAUGGUACCAAAACAGACGUAUGAAAUGGAAGAAAAUGGUGCUCAAAGGAGGUCAGGAGGCUCCGACGAAGCCCAAGGGAAGACCCAAGAAAAACUCCAUUCCUACUACAGAGGAAAUUGAGGCCGAAGAGCGAAGAUUGAAAAUAGAAGAGGAGGGGAAGAUGAGGAGGGCGGCUGAGGGAACAGCGCUGGCUCGUGGAGGGGAAGCGUCCACGCCUGAACCUCAAGACCUCAGCUCAGAAGCUCACAGCCAUGUCGGAGCGGUGGAGGGAUCCGAGCCGGAGAAGCCACUCCUAAUGUCAGAAACCCACACAGCCAGCUAAGCGAGAACAAACUAACCAAAGACUAAAGCCAGCCCGAAAACAAAUAGUGCCUCAGGAUCAGCGUUAAAAGCCUGUGUGGCCUCUAGAACCAUUUGUUUAAGUUGACUGGAUACAAACUGGUGGCAUCCAGUCUUAACCAAAUGUAGCCUUGUUUUUUUUUUUUCUUGUGUACUGGAGAAAAAAAAAGUAUCACCGAAGAGCUAACCUUCCUACACACUGAUUGCACUGGUAAGUCUACGGCCUUCGGUCCGCAGUGUGAGACGUGUAAAUCUGUCAAAUCCAAACAGGUCAGUCAAGCCUUAAUCACAACAUAGUGACACGUAUCACAUCAUCAAAUUAUUGUGCUUUUCAGCUGUAAGAGAUUACACACACCUCUCAGCUCUCGAAGCUGCCAAAUAUCAAACACUGCCUUACUGUGGUGCAUCUAUGUAUCUUUGUAUAGAAAAUCGGUUCACUGCCAAAAACCGUAACAUGAAAUGGCUCCAGUGCCUUGUUGGUCUCAGAGGAAAGCUUUUAAUGUGUUGUUAAAACAGCCGUCAAAUGCAGAAUAUUUUUUACAGUCAAGUGCCAUAUUUCAAGACAGUUUUGCACACCUGAGAAAAAGGAAACUAUGUUUAGAUCACAGUUGUGCUGUACAACGCCGAGGCACAAAUGUGUUCAUGAUUUGAUUACUAAAGUUUGAAUUUUCUGUCUUCUCAAAGCUAAAACUCAAUUUUUGUGACAAGCCAUACACUGUAUCAUACUGUAGAAAGAUGUAUAAAGUACAAAAUAUAUGGUCUUUUGAAUAUAUAUUAUAUAUAUAUAUAUAUGUGUGUGUGUGUGAGUGUGUGCGUGUGUCUGUGUGAGUGUGUGUGUAAAACAGUAUUUUGAACCACUGUUCAGAAUUGGAUUUAAAUAGUUUAUAUGUACAAUGCUUCGGCUGAUGUUUUUUUCCUCAGGAUAAUUUCGGGCCACGGGGGCACUAAGACCCUUAAGCUGUCAUGAUUCAUUGAGGGAAUAAAUCACAGCCUAUGCCAGAGAUACAAGCAAAUGUUGAGCAUUUAAAAUCUCAAAGAGGUUUUCAGCCUGCAGGCUUUGCAUGAGUACCGCAAUCGGUAUGUUAGACCUGCAUUAACAAAACACUCUCCUCAGCUGCCUGUCACUGACUUCUCCAGAAACUGCAAACUCGCUCUCUUUGCAAAGAUUUGUCAUUUUAAGGUGUCCCCCAUUUAAAUGAAACAAAUGUAUUUUUAUUUGUCACUGUUUCAUAUGAAAAGUGCAGUAUUUUUCUGAUGUAAAUGAUGCUUGUUUGCUGUUAUUUUCAGGUUUGUAUAACACUAUUUUUGUUAUU